AUGGCGGACGCGGACGAACAGGCGCGCCAGGAGAAGCUCGCUGCUGCCAGAAAGCGCGUCGAGGAGCUGAAGAAGAAGAAGAUCAAGAAGACGGCGACGACCAAGACGGAGGAGGGAAAGGAAGGUGAAUCCAGCACAACAGGCGUGCCCGCGGCCCCGACGGUCGAUGCCGCGGCCGAGAGCGAAGCAAAGGCCGGCGACGACAAGGCGACGGACGCGCCGGUCGACGACAAGGUUGCGGAGGAGGAAAGCGCCCAAGCGGGCGAGGCGCCCUCCUCGGAAGCACCCACCCUCGCUCAGCAGUCCAAGCUGCGAUCGACGUCGUUUCGGUCCGGUGCAGGGCCCGCCUCGCCCGCGCCCUUCACCACCCUCGACGGCGACUCGGCGCCCGACAUUUACAGGAAGCAGGUUGCCAAGAUCGAGGAGCUCGAGAGGGAGAACAAGCGGCUCGUGAGGGAAUCGGCCGAUGCGGAGAAGCGAUGGAGCCGGGCCGAGGAGGAGCUGUCGGACCUGCGCGAGACGGACGGCAGCGGGCGGGCCAAGGCGGCCAACGACAUGCAAGAAGAGAAGCUGAACAGCGAGAUCGCCUCCCUGCAGCGGCAAAACGCCCAGCUCCAGCAGCAGAUCGCCCGCGGCAGCGCCGGUCACCGGGCGUCGGUGUCGAUGGCAUCGCCCCUGGCCGAGCUCCAGGCCGAGCUGAGCUCGAGGACGGCGACGAUCGAGUCGAUGGAGAUUGAGAUUUCCAAGCUCAAGGCUAAAGUCGAGCGACAGGCGACGGGCGCCUCGUCGGAGAGGGAGCAGGUCGCCGCCCUCGAGGAGAAGCUCGGCCGGGCCGAGGCGGCGGCCGGAAAAGCGCAGCGGGAGCUGCAGGACGUGAAGCGAAACCUCGAGCGGACGGCGGAGAAGGCGGUGCGGGAGGGCAGCGAGCGGUCCAGCGCCGAGACGAAAGUGAUGACGCUCGAGAAGGAGGCACAGGACCUCCGGGACGCCAAGGAGGAGCUCGAGAAGAAGUCGGACGGGCUCGAGCAGAAGGUGGCGACGCUGACGACGCUGCACAGGGAGCAAGAUUCGCGCUCGCAGGCGCUGCGGCAGGAGAAGGAGAGGGCGGAAAAGGAGCUGACGGAGCUGCGGACAAAGGUGGAGAGGCUCGAGAGCGAAGCCGUGAAGCUGCGAACGCGCAAGCCGGCCGAGAGCGGCGGCGACCUCGACGACGAGGGCAUCGACGAGCUCGAGAACGAAGAGAGGUUGCGGCUCGAGAAGAAGAUCCGGACGCUCGAGAGCGAGAACCACGAGCUUCGCAGCGGCGCCUGGAUCGAGCGCCGUCGCGAGAUGGAAACGCUCAACCCGGCCUUCCAGGACAUCGACCUCUCGGGCGGCGGCAGCAUGCUGCACCCGAUGGCGCACAAGAAGCACUCGGCCGGCGGCAUCGGCGAUUUCCUGACGAGCGGCCUCAACGCCCUCGCCGGCACCGGCGCUGGCGGCAGUGGUGGCGGCGCCGGCGCUGGAGGUGGGGAGGACGAGGGCUUCAUGGACGACGCCUUCAUGGACUUUGACGAGGACGCGUUCCGCAAAGCGCAGCAGGAGGAGGCCUCGAGGCGCAUCGAGAGGAUCAAGGAGAUCAAGCGGUCGCUGAAGCAGUGGGAGGGCUGGAGGCUCGACCUCGUCGACAUGCGACGAGGCGGAGGGGAGGGCAUGGGCGACAUAUUCGAUGUCUAA